CGAUUUUAUAGGGGCAGUUGUGUCAAUAUGGCAAUGAGUUGGUAACAAGUUUUUACACGCAGAGUUUUAGUGGAUAUUUUUCAGGAUUUACUGUAGUUUUAUGUUAAUGUUAUAGUCCAAGAAAUGGGGAGCGACAACAGAUUCUGCUUGACAGUGUGCGAGGGAUACUUUUCCCAGAGCCUCGAAGGCCAGGAAGAGGAUGUGCUCAUGGAUGCCUACUUGAGUGGCUACAAAGAGCUUAACAAAUUCUUUCAGCUGAUGGGAAAGGUGUUUGGCUUUGUCAGCAGCGACGUGAAGUCCAAGGUUGAGAUUCUGGAGGAGUUCCGCACGAAGGAGGCGAAGGAACACUUCACUUCCUUCCGGAAGAUGAUCAACUACGAGAAGGACAGCGGGUUGCUCGAGAAGAAGGACUACGUGUCGGGCAGCCGAACACUUUUGCGCCUUCAUCGAGGCCUGGAUUUUAUCAGGGAGUUUUUGCGACAACUGGGGGAACUGAACCCAGACGAUAAGACGGGAACGUGUUGCCAGAAUGCCUACAAUGCCACCUUGGCGAACUUCCAUCCAUGGCUCAUCCGGAAGGGCGUCUCGGUGGCGGUUUACGGUUUGCCCACACGCGACAAUUUGCUCGAUAAAGUCUGCCAGGACAAGGAGGCCGCCAUUGAGGCUCUUCCACACACGCUGGAGGUCCUGAAGCAGGUCUACGAUCGCACUCAAUCAAUGUACACUGCUCAUGAUUUGCACGGACUUCCGUGAGACCAGCCGCAACCCUUUUGCUCAAGUGAUUGCUUCAUUCCAAGGACUUUACAAAGACCUAAAGGGUCUUUUUUAGCAAAUUGCCCAGUGCUGCUUGAUUUUAGAUAAUUAUUGUUUGCUGUUAGUCAAUAAUUUCUUAUCAAUUUGCC